AUGGAUGCUUUUGUAAGAGUUGUAGUUAUCUUCACCUAUGUGUUCUCCCUCUUAAGAAUCUCCAUUGGAGUAGACACCAUAACUGUAAAUCAACUCAUUACAGAUGCUGAGACCAUCACUUCAGCGGGCGGGAGCUUUGAAUUGGGUUUCUUCAGUCCAGCUAAUUCAAAGCAUCGAUACUUGGGGAUAAGGUACAAGAAAGUGUCUAAUAGGGCUGUGGUAUGGGUUGCAAACAGAGAAAAUCCACUAAAUGAUUCAUCAGGAGUCUUAAAGGUAACCAGUCAGGGAAUUCUUGUUGUUCUCGAUGGUGCUAAUAAAACUCUUUGGUCUUCUACUUCAUCACGACCCGCACAGAAUCCAAAUGCUCAGCUUUUGGACUCUGGAAAUCUUGUAAUGAAAAAUGGGAAUGAUGGUAACCUGGAAAGCUUCCUAUGGCAGAGUUUUGAUUAUCCAUGUAAUACUCUUCUACCAGGCAUGAAACUUGGAUGGAACAGAGUAACAGGCCUGGAUCGGUACCUAUCAUCUUGGAAGAGUGCUGAUGACCCCUCUAUAGGUACUUUCACAUAUGGGAUUGAUCCUAGUGGAUCUCCACAAAUAUUUGUGAGGAAUGGUUCGGCUGUGACUUUUCGCUCUGGGCCAUGGAAUGGUAUUCGAUUUAGUGGUUAUCCUCAUUUUACACCAAACCCAGUUUAUACAUAUGAUUUUGUUCUUAAUGAAAAGGAGAUAUAUUUCAUUUAUCAUCUUGUUAACAGUUCUCUUCUUACGAGGCUUGUGUUAACUCCUGAUGGUUACGCACAGAGGUUCACAUGGAUUGAUGAAAAAGGCAAAUGGGUUAAGUACUCAAGUGUACAGAACGAUGAUUGUGACAACUAUGCAAUAUGUGGUGCAAAUGGCAUCUGUAAGAUUGACCAAUCUCCAAAAUGUGAGUGUAUGAAAGGAUUUAGGCCAAGGUCCCAAAGCAAUUGGGACAUGGCAGAUUGGUCAAAUGGAUGCGUUCGAAGUACACCACUGGAUUGUCAGAAGGGUGAUGGAUUUGUAAAGUUCUCUGGUGUGAAACUGCCCGACACACGGACAUCCUGGUUUAAUGAAAGCAUGAACCUUAAGGAAUGUGCAUCCCUGUGCUUGAGGAACUGUUCUUGUACUGCUUAUGUAAAUUCAAAUAUCAGCGGAGGGGGAAGUGGGUGCUUGCUCUGGUUUGGUAACUUGAUUGAUAUCAGAGAAUUUGCUGAAAAUGGACAAGAGUUUCAUGUAAGGAUGUCUGCCUCAGAAUCAGAUGCUUUUUCAAGCACAAAUAGCAGCUCCAAGAAGAAGCAAAAGCAGGUCAUUGUCAUCUCAAUAUCAAUUACGGGAAUAGUUCUUCUAAUCCUAGUUCUGACCUGGUAUAUGCUGAAGAAGAUGAAGCAGCAGCUAAAGAGAAAAGGAUACAUGGAACACAAUUCAGAUGGGGGUGAAACCAGUGAAGGCCAGGAGCGUCUAGAGUUACCAUUAUUUGAGUUGGCUACAUUACUAAAUGCCACCAAUAACUUUUCUAGUGACAAUAAGCUUGGAGAGGGUGGUUUUGGACCUGUCUACAAGGGAAUAUUGAAAGAUGGAGAAGAAAUAGCUGUAAAGAGGUUGUCUAAAACAUCUAGACAAGGAUUAAAGGAGUUCAAAAAUGAAGUUGAAUCCAUUGCAAAACUUCAGCACCGAAAUCUCGUAAAGCUUCUUGGAUGUUGCAUUUGUGGCAGAGAAAAGAUGCUCAUCUAUGAAUACUUGCCCAACAAAAGCUUGGACUUAUUCAUUUUUGAUCAAAUGCGAGGCAUUGUACUAGAUUGGCCCAAGCGCUUCCUCAUUAUCAAUGGUAUUGCUCGAGGCCUUCUUUAUCUUCAUCAAGACUCCAGACUCAGGAUAAUCCAUAGAGAUCUCAAAGCAGAAAAUGUUUUACUAGAUAAUGAUAUGAACCCAAAAAUUUCGGACUUUGGAAUAGCAAGAAGUUUUGGAGGGAAUGAACCUGGAGCAAGCACAACAAGAGUGGCUGGAACAUUAGGUUAUAUGUCUCCAGAGUAUGCAAGUGAAGGAUUGUAUUCCACAAAAUCCGAUGUUUAUAGCUUUGGUGUUUUGGUGCUAGAGAUUGUAAGUGGAAAGAGAAACAGAGGAUUUAGCCAUCCAGACCAUGACCUUAAUCUUCUUGGGCAUGCAUGGACACUCUAUAUUGAAGGUGGGUCUUCAGAAUUUAUUGAUGCAUCAAUAGCAAACACCUACAAUCUAUCUGAAGUGCUACGUUCAAUCAAUGUCGGCCUAUUAUGCGUACAACGUUUCCCGGAUGAUCGACCAAGCAUGCAUUCCGUGGUUCUGAUGUUGAGUAGUGAGGGUGCACUACCUCGUCCUAAAGAGCCUUGUUUCUUCACUGAUAGGAGUAUGAUGGAAGUAAAUUCUUCCUCUGGCAGUCACACCACCAUCACUCAGUUAGAAGCUCGAUAGAAGAUGCUUAAUGUUGAUGUUUUGUUGUCUUUAGACCUAUAACCAUAUAAGCUCAAGUUCCAACUACUAUUGGUGACUUUUCUCAACCACACUACUUAGCUUCCAACCAAAGACUCAUCUAAGAUGCCAUCAUAUGAUCAAUCUCUGUUGGUGCUUUUGGUAUGUAUAUAAUGGAAGUUAUACA